CCUUCUGAAGAGGAUUUGUUGUACCUGCUCAUGUCUCGAUCCAGGGAGACUACAAAAUCUAUACGAAAGUUGGAAUCAAUUGAGGAACAGAACCGCCUGUUAUGUGAGGAAAAGAUUCUGUCGGAAGCACGUCUUGAAGAGGCUGAAAAUGCUCAACGUCAACUGUCCGCAAAACAAGCUAUAGCUGACCAGUAUCUGGACACCUUCAAAGAAAAAUACUAUAAAUUGAAAAAUUGGGCGCUCGAAGCAAACAAAGACUGUGAAAUUCUGCAAAACAAGUCUAUCAAUCUCCGCCAGUCCCUUGCAGAACUUACAAAUGAGAGGGAUGAUCUACGCGCGCGUUUGCAAGAUCUGGACAACGUCCAACAGAAAAGUCUUGGUCAGAUGGACAGGAUGCGUGGUCUCGUCAACGAUGUCAGGCAAUUGGCAAUAGUCAACAUUGCUGAUUUCAAUCGGAAGGAUGGAGUGCUUCAGGCAAAAUGCGAGCACCUCAGAAGAGAGCAGGCUAGAUGUGAGAAGCUGGAAGCCCACAUUGCCCAAAUUGGACGACAUAAAACCAGACAAGACCAGAGAUUUCACGACGACAGAGACAGACAAAACAAGUCUUUGCGAGAAAUCUUUAGUGAACUGACCAGACUUGCUGUCAAGGAUGCCGGAAUGAACUCGGAAUCAAAAGAAAUCCUCGAGUCUGUGAAAGCAUGCCAGGUGCUUCUCAAGGAUGAAUCAACAUUUGGUCCGAAAUUGGCUCAAAUUAAAAACAACAUUGAAUCCGUGACCGAAUUAGUCAGUUCACGCCUUAAAUCAGCGGUUGGAACGCUAAGGGAGGAUGUCAAAGACCAGAUAGCGAAGUCUCUAACUACCGCAGAGACAGAAAAAAGCCGGGAAGCUCUCCAGGCAAGCAACGCCGAGUUAGUAAAGACAAAGGAGGAGGCUGCUCGGUUGGCGCACACAAUUGAACAUUCCAAGGUCAUUAUAGAAUUACUUCGCAACGGCAAGCAGGUCGCUGAAGAUCGGGAGGCCUACUUGAAGAAUAACACAGAAAAGUUAAUCGAGGCGCUCUCUGAAGGUAGGGGAAUUGCCCAAAAGCAGUUCAACCAUCUGAAAGACACAAAUGACGCCCUUCAAACUAAGUGUCAAGCUGCAAACGCUAAAGCAGCAGAAUACAAGGUUCAAAAUGAUGAUCAGUCAGGGCAAAUCAAGCUUCUUGAGACGCAAAGGGAUGAGCUUCAGAAAGAGAAGGACAACAUUGCCUGGCAAUUUCGCAAUCUUAUGGAGGAAAUGAUUCUUUUCAAAGAGACUACGAGCAGAGAGAUGAAUGAAAAGGCUAGUCAAUCCAAAGAGCAAAUUUGUAAGUUGAGGGCAGACCUGGACGAGCAGACUCGUGUACGACAACAGAUCGAAAGGGAGUCGACGAGUAUGAAUGAACAGUUUUCAAAGGUUCAAGAAGAGCUCAAAAAGUCUCAGAGCACAUCAACAUUGGCUCUUCGCGAGAAAAAUGAUAUCGAAAAGCGUCUGGCCAAGUUGCAACAAGGUCUGUCGAGGGCUCAGGAGGAUGUACGCUUGCGUGACCAGAUGCAGCUUGACCUGGCUACCAAGUCAGCAGAAAUCAAUGACUUGAAGAAGAGCCAAUACCAGUAUGAGCAGGUCAAGCAGGAGCUAGUUUCGCAAAAUGAGGCAGUAUUUCAGAAGACUCAAGAAGCCAAAGCACUUGCCUCUCAGGUCCAGAGCUUGCAAAAUCAUACGCAUAAACUGGAACAAAAAGCACAAGAGAGAGACAUUUUUGCAGAGGGUAAAGCGCAUCUCGAACGAGAGACUCACGGAUUAAGACAAAAGCUUGAUGGUAUGCAACAUCUUCGAGGUCAACUAGAAGAUCAGAAUGCUCAGCUAGAAGAAUCUCAAUCCGCGCUCAAUAAGGCCAAAGAUGAUCUGUCACGGAUGCGGAAACUUGAAGAGGAGAAUAAGUCGCUCAAAGACACCUUGGAGUCCAUGAGUGCCGAGCUGACCAUUACAAGUGAAGGAAUCCGGGAGCUGGAUGCCUUUCGGCACUUGCUCAGUGAUAAGGAGGAGAAAAUCCGCCGGGUCGAAGAAGAGUUAGCGACUUACACCUCCAAAUCUGAAGAAUUUGUCAAGUCCAAGGCAGCUCUUAAAAUCAAAGAGAAUGAGUUGUUACUGCUGCGAGAUCGGCUCUCUGCGAUGGAGACUGAGGAGACUCCAAGUAAGCCAACUCAACCUAUCCGACGAGCCGCCAACCGAUCUGCACAGAAUAGCAGUCCAAAUCAAAGUGAUUCUCGACCCUGCUUACAGUUCAAUGAGGAGGAAAUGAGCCCAAUCCAAGCAACCGGGCUUACUGUUACCAACGCUCUGAUCCCACCACAAAUGUCUUUGGGUUUAGCCACGAGCUCACAGAGCUUUGUUGCCGACACUCAACCAGAAAUUCAAGAGACUCUCCAGGAAGUCCCGGACUCAUUCCAACCUCAACGCCAAGAUCUGGAGACGCUGGGCUUACUUGAUUCUGGAGAUACUUCAUCAUUGAGUGACAUAGCCAAUCCUUUCGAGAGAGAUGAGUAUCUGGGGGACGAGCGCAUAGCUUACCUUGAAGAACCUGGGACUUCUCUUCCCUCAUCUCAGGGUGGGGGCAUGGGUGCCCGAUCAACAGCACGCGUGGAGUCGACCACUCAACCUCCGCCAUCAAGCUCUUAUGGGUCUCUAAAUGAGCAAAUGCUUCUAGACAUCAGCCCCCAUACCGAACUUCAACUUGAAACAACGACACCCCCUCGAAGGCUUGGCUUCGCCCGGAAACCCCAGCCGAUUCGAACUGACAGAAGAGAUAUCGAGGUUGAGCGAAACAAGGUUUCCAUACAAAGAGGUUCAUCUGAGUUAGCAAAACCAAGACCUGAACGACUUAAUAGUGAAUUUCAGACUAAGCAGCAACAGACCAGGACCGCAAAAUCACCAGUCGAAAGACCAGAGACACCAAGGGACAGGGAGGCAACUCCAUCAGUGGCACGUGAAAGAUACCGACCGAACUCAGCGGCAAAGCGCAAGAUGGGGCAGGUGUAGAGUGAAGAUUACCAACUACCAAAACAAGCCAAGCGCGCAGCAGCAACCCUCGAAGUAAGAAUACCAGGCACAUCCCAGAACACCCAGAACACCUCGCGAAAGGAUGGCCAGACACCAUCAAGGAAAACGGUCACUUUCCGUCGAAGUAGUAUUGUGGGUACGAACGCUCCAGCACCAGGCAAGGGGCAGAAGCCAUCGAAGCCAGCUGGAAAAGGGUCACGUCAGGAAAGAUACUCAACCCGGUUCGGUGCAUAG